UUCCGACCUCUGCAGCUGAGCAGCAGACGGGGAUCGUCUGCUGAGGGUGGAGAGGCGCGAGCCAAGGCUGACUGGCACGUUCUGCAACGCCAACUCAACACCAUGGCGGACAGCCGGGAUCCAGCUAGCGACCAGAUGAAGCAGUGGAAGGAGCAGCGGGCGGCGCAGAAACCCGAUGUCCUGACCACCGGAGCUGGGAAUCCAGUAGGAGACAAACUUAACGUUAUGACCGCGGGUCCCCGUGGGCCCCUUCUUGUUCAGGAUGUGGUUUUUACUGAUGAAAUGGCUCACUUUGACCGAGAGAGAAUUCCCGAGAGAGUUGUGCAUGCUAAAGGAGCAGGUGCUUUUGGCUACUUUGAGGUCACACAUGACAUCACCAGAUACUCGAAGGCAAAGGUGUUUGAGCAUAUUGGAAAGAGAACUCCAAUUGCAGUUCGAUUCUCUACUGUUGCUGGAGAAUCGGGCUCAGCUGACACUGUUCGUGACCCUCGUGGGUUUGCAGUGAAAUUUUACACUGAGGAUGGUAACUGGGAUCUUGUUGGAAAUAACACCCCUAUUUUCUUCAUCAGGGAUGCCUUGUUGUUUCCGUCCUUUAUCCACAGUCAAAAGAGAAAUCCUCAGACACACCUGAAGGACCCAGACAUGGUCUGGGACUUCUGGAGUCUACGUCCUGAGUCUCUGCAUCAGGUUUCUUUCUUGUUCAGUGAUCGCGGGAUUCCAGAUGGACAUCGGCACAUGAAUGGAUAUGGAUCGCAUACUUUCAAGCUGGUUAAUGCAAAUGGAGAGGCAGUUUACUGUAAAUUCCAUUAUAAGACUGACCAGGGCAUCAAAAACCUUCCUGUUGAGGAGGCUGCAAGACUUUCCCAGGAAGACCCUGACUAUGGCCUCCGGGACCUUUUCAAUGCCAUUGCCAAAGGCAACUACCCCUCCUGGACUUUUUACAUCCAGGUCAUGACAUUCAGAGAGGCAGAAACUUUCCCAUUUAAUCCAUUUGAUCUCACCAAAGUUUGGCCUCACAAAGACUACCCUCUCAUCCCCGUUGGCAAACUGGUUUUAAACCGAAAUCCAGUUAAUUACUUCGCUGAGGUUGAACAGAUAGCCUUUGACCCGAGCAAUAUGCCACCUGGCAUUGAGGCCAGUCCUGACAAAAUGCUUCAGGGCCGCCUUUUUGCCUAUCCUGACACUCACCGCCACCGCCUGGGACCCAACUAUCUUCAGAUUCCUGUGAACUGCCCCUACCGUGCUCGAGUGGCCAACUACCAGCGUGAUGGCCCCAUGUGCAUGCAUGACAACCAGGGUGGUGCUCCAAAUUACUAUCCCAACAGCUUUUGUGCUCCGGAACAGCAGCCCUCAGCCCUGGAGCACGGCUCACAGGCCUCUGCAGAUGUGAAGCGUUUCAACAGUGCCAAUGAGGACAAUGUCACUCAGGUGAGGGAAUUCUAUACAAAAGUGCUGAAUGAAGAGGAGAGGAAACGCCUGUGUGAAAACAUUGCUGGCCAUCUCAAGGACGCACAACUCUUCAUCCAGAGGAAAGCGGUCAAGAACUUCUGUGAUGUCCACCCUGACUAUGGGGCCCGCAUCCAGGCUCUUUUGGACAAAUACAACACUGAGAAGCCUAAGAACGCGAUCCACACCUUUGUGCAGGCCGGGUCUCACUUGGCUGCAAGGGAGAAAGCUAACCUGUGAGACUUCGGGCCUCCUCCUUCUGCAAGGAACUCUGCGUCUGUGAAGUGAAUGUUGUUCACUUCAUGAUGUUCACGUCUGCAACCCACUCAUCGCUGGGUGAAGAUUCUCCUGUGCUAAUGUGUGAAUGAAAGUUAAUGUUUUUAAAAUGAAAAUUUUAAGGUUUCUAUAGCAAAUAAUGUAACAGUAACUUUUAAUGCUGCUUCCUUAGGAGAGAAUAAAGUUAAGGCUUAACAAUCAUGUAAAAGAAACAUGUAUUUGCAUUCGAUAGUUGGUUGGAUUAUUCAUUUAAAAUGACUAGAAGAAAAUUUCUAGGUAGAAAUAUGAUUUUAUUUGAUAAGAAAAAUCUUGGUGAAAUAAGUAUGUUUACAUAUCACCUUAUGGCCUAUUAAUAAAAACGUGGCUAUAAUUAUAUAAAAAGAAAAUAUAAAGAUGAUCCACUCAAAUUUUUAUUUUUCUAAGAUUCUCAUAGGAAAACUACCCUUACUGCAUCAGUGUCUUCAGAGAAUAGUAGUGCCAUCGCAGCUUGAUGUGUAAUGCCUGUAAUUGACCAGAUUCCAGUUUUCACUUGGAUUGUGUUUAUGCUAAUACAGUGUUGAUUUUGCAACAAGCUGAUUUGUAAUUGCUUACAUUUUUACAAUAAAAUAAUCUCUAAGAAUAGAAGAA